AUGAUACCGGCCCCGUCCACUAGGCAACUUGUUGUGGCCCUCAAACGCUCUGUAGGUGCAAGAGCAGCCGAGCUAGAGCUCAAGUGGAUGCGACAAGCCGUGGAACAACCCCCAAUACCCGCCUCGCUCCAUCCCACUCCAACAUUCGAAGAAAUGCUCGCUCGUAGGGUCGCCGGCGAACCUCUGCAAUACAUUCUCGGAUCACAGCCCUUUGGCCCGCUGGAUCUCAUUGUGCGCCCACCCGUUCUCAUUCCUCGUCCAGAGACCGAGGAUUGGACUAUUCGUCUCUCUGAACGGUUGCGUCCCACUAAAAGCAAACCAAUAUCCAUUCUGGACCUCUGCACCGGCUCAGGGUGUAUCGCCCUACUGCUUUGCCACCUCUUACCGCCGGGAUCGGCUCACGCCACCGGCAUCGACGUCGCCGAAUCUGCUGUGCAAUUAGCAAAAGAUAAUGGAGCCUUCUGUGGUAUCACUGUUUUAGACAAUGGACCACCGUUGUGUGCAGACUUUCCAAAGUGGGAUAGUAACACAUUCACGCCGCUUUUGGCAAAUAUUCGCGAUCCUGCGUUCGUGAUAGCUGCUAAUUUGCGGCCACCAUAUGACAUUCUCACUGCAAACCCGCCAUACAUCCCAAAGUCGCAGUACGACACUCUUCCCGGAUCUGUGAAAGAUUAUGAGGACCCGCGCGCUCUGAUCGGAGACCUAGACUCAGGCUCGGCCCAGGGACUCUCAUUUUACCAUAUGAUCGCUGCCCUGGUAGGCGACAAGUCGCGUCCCAUAUUAAAAAGUGACGGCAUUAUCGCGCUGGAAGUGGGCGAUGGUCAAGCCCAAGAGGUCGCACGAAUCUUGCACGAGCAAGCCCAGGUACACCAUAUUGAAAUAUGGAGAGAUCCGUGGGAUAAGGAACGCGUGGUAGUAGGGAGAAGCUCACCAUAA